ACAGAGGAGGAGUCUCAGACAGACAGUCAGCAGCAGAGCCAGUCGUCUGACAGUUGUAACAGUAAGACUCAACCCAAGCGUCUCCAUGUCUCCAACAUACCCUUCAGAUUCAGGGACCCAGACCUCAGGCAAAUGUUUGGCCAAUUUGGUCAAAUCUUAGACGUUGAAAUCAUUUUUAACGAGCGGGGCUCUAAGGGUUUUGGGUUCGUAACAUUCGAGCAUAGUGCGGACGCUGACAGGGCGCGAGACAAAUUACAUGGCACGGUCGUAGAAGGUCGUAAAAUAGAGGUCAACAAUGCAACGGCACGGGUAAUGACCAAUAAGAAGACAGUCAAUCCUUAUGCAAAUGGGUGGAAGUUGAACCCAGUAGUCGGUGCAGUCUACAGUCCAGAGUUCUAUGCAGUACCGGGCUUCCCCUACUCAGCAGCCAGUGCUGCGGUGGCGGCCUACAGAGGAGCCCAUCUAAGAGGUCGAGGGCGUACGGUCUACAACACAUUCAGAGCAGCCGCACCCCCACCUCACAUCCCCACUUACGGAGGUGUUGUUUACCAGGAUGGAUUUUAUGGUGCAGAUAUUUAUGGGGGCUAUGCUGCCUACAGGUAUACUCAGCCUGCUGCCGCCACAGCUGCUGCAUUCGGUGACAG